AUGACACGCUCGGCUCAAAAAAGGAAAGAACCUGUCAGAUUUAAGGAUCGUGACCAACCGACUGUACGUAAUAGGCGAUCAAAGCCAAUAGCACAGAUACCGCACGUAACAACUAUACCAAAGGCAGUCACCGCGAUGAUACCUUCGAUUGAUACACCACCAUCUAGGUCACCUAUAUCCGCGCGAAGAGCGCAUACAUCUCUGGCUAAUCAAAAUGUAUCCAACACAAGGGCAUAUAUACCUCUGGCUACGCCACCUACACCCACACAAAUAGCACCUACACCUCCGGCUAUGGUACCUACAUGCACACGAGGAGCACCUACACCACUUCCUAUGACACCCAUACAACAACAAGUGGACUUGGUACGGCAACUGGUAGAGAAACAAGAAUCAAUGGCAUCAAAAUCUCCAGAAUCUAAAAUGGAAGGCUGGCGAAAGGUUUUGGAUCAGAACACAAGAAACCUGAAAAAAUAUCUGAUACCCAAUGAAAUUAUCCACCUGGACACAGGGUUCGAAUUAUUCGACUUCAUUGACAAACGAGAUAUUCAGGAAGAGUCAAAUACAACAAAGAAAAACGAAGCUAUUUUGACAAGAGUAAGAUCAAAAGGCAUUAAAGGCUACACAGACUUCAAAAAACGUCUGGAGAUGACACAUCAGAGCAAGCUUGCAGACCUUUUGACUUAUAAAGAGAGAGGGUUAAAUACAGAGGAGAUAGAGCAACAACUUAACCAAAUGUUGGAAGAAAAAUUAACAAGAACGGAGUAUGAUGAACUUAGAAGACAACUUCAAGGCGACCUAAUUACAUUCUACAGAAAAAGGUGUAGUUCAAUACCUCUCUCACCGCUACUUGAAGAAAAAGAGACACCUUUAAUUGGGUUCUACGUUAUGCCAAAUAUGGUUGCCGUAAAGCAGAAGUCCCUCAUAUGUCAUGAAGAGGAGAGAACACCGAUCAAGUCUUUGGGUGAUCUGUUCACAACUGGAAGUGAGGAUCAGCAAGAAAUUUAUCUAUUAGCUGAUGCAGGCUAUGGUAAAACUGCUUUUUCAAAAUAUCUUGCAAUCACGUGGUGUCAAGCUCAUCGUCAAGAUAAACAAUACGAUGGUAAUAAGUGUUUCAAGGAUAUUGAGUUAAAAGCUCUAUCUAAGUUUGAGUUCUUAUUUUUGGUUUUCUUAAGAGAUCAUACCUCUGUUUCUCACAUUGACGAUAUGAUUAGACAGCAAUUUUCUUUGCAUCUUCUUUCAUUGAAAUCACUAGAUGAAAUUUCAUGUAGAGCAAAACUAAAUGAGGUUUUAAGUAAAGAAAAAUGCUUGAUUAUAUUGGACGGUCUUGAUGAAUGGACUCAUCCUGAUUAUAGCUGUUGUAAUGAAGUAACAGAAAAAAUCCCACAUCGGUGUAUACGUGAUAAUUGUGUUAUCCUAACGACAACUCGCCCGUGGAAGCUUGGAGUUUCAAAUCUCAAAUCAAGUCAAAUGGACAAAAAAGUAGAAUUGGUUCAAUUAAAUGCAGACUCUACUCGGCAACUAGAAUACAAUGCUAUAAGAAAAAUGUCAGGUGUCAAUAACGAUGGAGAACUGCAGAGUAAAAUACAGGAAAUAAAUAAAGUGAUACGUGACCGACGCCUAGAGCACAUGCAAGUGAUUCCACUCCUCCUCAUGUAUAUAGUUUGCCUAUGGUGCAACAAUAUUCUUAUAGGAAAUUCAAAACAUGAAGUUUACACCAAUAUCAUUGAAUUUCUAUUAUCAAGAACGUCAAAGAAACAGCCGGAAGUUAAACCAUGUCGAUAUUCGCCUGCCCAUGAAAUUCCAGAAUACUUCAAAAGUCACGAAUUUUGUAAAAAGUUUUAUAGUCUUAUUAAAUCAUUAGCAGAACUAGCCUACCAAACCUUAUUUGACGAAAACAGAGAAAACACGCUGGUAUUUGAUAGAACAGUUGCUGAAAAAUAUCUCAAAGCAGACGACAUGAAAUUCACCCUUCACUCAGGAAUAUUGUCAGAAAGUAGAAGUACAACUUUAAUCAAAGGAAUUAUCAAAGUAUCCUUUUCUCAUAAAACAGUUCAAGAAUUUUUUGCCGCUAUAUUUAUAAGUUCUCAAAGUGACGCUCAUAAAACUGUUGUAGAAAAAUGUAGAAAUAUUCAAGACAUUCUGGACAUGUCAAUAAUUUGUGAAUUUAUAAGUAAAAUGAAUGCUGACCGGAUGUGUGCAAUAUCAAAUGAUCUGAUGUCUGUGAUAAAUAAAGACGAGGAAACACGCGACUAUAGAACUAGGGGAAGAGUUGACAGUGACUCAUUGUAUAACAUACAGGAAAUGUUCAUGUCGUGUUUACAAGAAAUGCCUGAAAGUGAACAUAUUCAAUUAUGUUUACAAGAUUUCUUCAUUGACAAGCACACCGUGCACAGUGAGCAGUUACAAUGUUUGAUGAAACAAAAUAAAACCAACAUAAAAUCACUUUCUAUAAGCAUUACUUCCAGCAGUUUACAUGAAAUUAUAGAUUUAUUUUCUCUCACAGAUCUCAGUCAUAUACAGAAACUUUACUAUAAUGGUAACUGGGAGAAGGCUGAGAUACAUCAGAUAUUGUUUCCCAGUUUACAGCACGUAACUUUGUUGUUAUGUAUAUGGACAAAUGAUGAAGAAAAUCUGAGUGAUAACAUGGCGCGAUGUCAAAACUUACAAUAUUUGAAAAUUUUCAGCCUCACGUUAUCUCACAAAUUACUGGAUACUUUUUUCAAAUUUAUAUCCGGUCAAAAAUCAAUGAAAGAGUUAACAUUGAGGUAUUUACAAUGUAAAGAACAUGGCGACCAUGAUUGUAAGAGAUUGAACUUGAACUUGUCACAACAUACAAAGUUUUACUUGCAGGGGUUGCCUAGGGGGCUACAAUUAAAUAAAUCAACACCGUCAUUAGUUGAUGUUACGUUGAGGAGUACACAUCUAGAUGAAAGUUCAUUGUUACUGUCAAGUGACAUGUUGAAUAUUGAACGUGUGGAAAAUAAAGCCAAGCAAAGCAUUGACAACAAAAAUAAACAUUCGGCCUUGGAUUAA